AUGGCAUACCAAUUCACCACAGUCGACCCUCAAUGCACCUUACAGGAAUGGAACACGCUCAUUCGAAUAUGGAAUUUAGAACUCGAGGCCUGCGUCAAAACCCACACCGUCUCGGGCACACAGCAAACCUACCUCCCGCUUGCCGCCAUCCACCGCUUCGCCAGCUACACCACCAUUGCCUACGUCAUCCACCUCGGCAUCCGCUUCGGCCAAUACUACCUCGAUGAGCCUGGGAAAUUUGUCAACAGCAUCUAUGCGCAUGCAAGGAAGCUCUUCACGUACAUCAUAUACGCUGGUCUCGACAUGAACUACCUGAUGCACAUCCUGAGGCGCGAUAUGUGGGAUGUCAAUCUGCCAAUCACAAUUACAGUGCCACUUGUGACGAGCGAUACAAAUGGCGAUCAGAACGCAGAGGAGGCUCUAGAGGCUAGGCGUAUCGGGGACUUGGUAAGGUACUUCUUACCUAGCCAGAUGAGAUUGUGGGGGCUGGAUGACGUUGUGUCUAACUCUCGCGAAGAGCCGUGUGUUAUUGAGUAA